CGAAAUUUUCAGUGAUACUAUUUAUAUAUUUUUAGCUAAAAAGUUGAAUGAAUCAUGCGAUAUAUCGGAGAGAAUUUGAUGCUGUUGCAGCGUAGAUUGAAAAGAAAUCAAUCAAUUACAGAAAGAAAACCUAGUUUACAAGCGGAGCGAAAAAAUUCACCACUUCUUGCAGGGAUCAAAUCACGAAGCCUUCAUCUUCCCCCAAUCGGAUUCAUCAUAUAAAAAAGAAAAUGGAUUGGUAUCUCUCGUUGGGUCCAUGAGACCAGGGAAUAGACAUAGCUAGAUCCAUCUAAUUUCCUUCACCUUCCUUUUCUCGACAAUCCACAAUGACCGAUCACAACCAAAACCAGCACCCGCAGCAGCCCGUCGGAGUUCCACCACCGCAAGGGUAUCCACCGCCGGAGCCAGGUUCGAAGGACGGUUAUCCUCCGCCGGGCUACCCACCGCCGGGGUAUUCACCGCAGGCAUAUCCAUCUCAAGGAUACCCACGGCAGGGAUAUCCGCCGCAGGGAUAUCCGCCACAAGGAUAUCCUCCCCCGCCGUAUCCUGCUGCCCAAGGAUAUCCGCCGCCGUACUAUGGACCUCAAUACGCUCAACAACCACCGCCGGCCAAAAACGAUUCCUCUGGCGAUUGCUUGACAGGAUGUUGUGCUGCUCUUUGUUGCUGCUGUUUGCUGGAUGCAUGCUUCUAAAUAGUCACUAAUUACUUUAUGCAAAUUAUGGAUUGGAUCCAGUGUGCUCUACUUCGAACACAAACAUUUUUCUUGUUUUCUAAUAUUGUUUAAUUAUAUUUUAUUAGUUUUUAUGAAUAUAUGACCUGCCACUAAAAAUGGCACGCUGCUUAGCAGGCUUGGUGUU